AUGACAACAGAAAACCUCUCACCUGUAGACGAUCCUACCGCUUUCCAACGCUUACUUCCAGUCCAUGACUUAAUCCUCUCGCAUUUAUCUGGACUCGCCCCGACAACAUACCUCUUACUAUCCAAGUACUAUUAUGACAAGCUCGUUCGAUCUCUCUACUCGUAUUUCACUCCAGACUUAUCUACAUUACACGGACUGACAUACCCAUCACCACGGAAUCAACGUACCCUCAACGCUUUGUCACAAACCAGCACUCUCGUUAUAUCUCUUCAAUCUUCCUGGGCCCUGUUCCGAGCUACAAAAGGAAUCCAGCCCUUCUACAAGGCCCAUAAAGAGCUGUUCAGAAAUGUCCAAAACAUACACUUCACCUGGAAAGCCUUGCAAGCUCGUAUAAGUGGUACACCCACACCUGGUAAUGGUCUACGAAUAGAAAACAAUCUAUGGUUCCAUGUCAAGAACCCAAUCAAGCAUCUUAUCAUCGACAUCGAAAGUCAUGGGUCAGACUCGGCAUUGUUUAAUUCGUUCUUGAGUACGCAAUUGUAUUGGGAGAUUCUAGUCAUGCUGAAAAGCUUCAAGCCGACUUCAGCUACUUGGCGUUAUCUCAUCCAUAGGGAGGAUAUCAAUCCUUGGGGCUUAGACACGUAUAUUGAAGUGUCGGCCAGGAUAUGGUGUGAUGGCAUCGAUGGAUUACACAAAGUCACAACAGUCUUCCUCCCUACAAGACCUAAUCUGAACAAUCCCGGACAUCGCGACGGGCCAUCGGACUUCAGAAUCAAAGUCACUCAAAUCGUAGAUCAACUGGUAGAGCUCGUGAAUGAGAAGAUGAAAAAGCGGGCUCUCAGUAACGAGGUCAUCCAGGCAGGUGACAGGGGAGGGAAUUCGGGUAGUAGGAACUUCGAAGAUCUACCUCGAUGGACGCUGGAGGUGGAGGAGGCGGAUGGUAAAGUGGUAGAGUCAAGGGUGUUGAUGAGAUUGGAUCACGGAAGAUAUGACUUUGUACCAAAUUAG